AUGCAAGGCCAACCUGCUCGUACUGACCAUGACAUCCGCUGCUUCUAUCCACCAAGGGUGAAACGGAGGUCCAAAACUCGGGACCCUGAAGCGCUCGAGGCUCGCAUCCGGCACCUGGAAAGUCUACUGGGGAAUACCCAACAGAAGACAAGCCAGACACCCCAGCCUGAAGCACGGCUGUACGAACCAAGGACGUCGGAGAGCUCUCCAAAGACAAUCCCGCUCACUUCCACUGCCCAUGAGAAUCUUCUGUACCACGGCUCAGCGGAGCUAGGCUGGCCUUCUCUCUGCGCCCCGCCGUUCAGCGUCACGACCACUUCUGUGUUACAGGAAUUUCCCAAGUCAACUACAUCAUGCGCAUGCAGCCAUCAAGGGAAGACGGUCGAUUCGAUCCUUUGGGGGGUGGAUGAAGCCAGCAACGCCCUGGAGGACCAGCGCUCGCUCUUGGUCACCGGCCAAAAUGGACAAGAAUUUAUUGGAAGCUCCUGCGCAAUGGCGCUGUUUACAGACCAGGGACUGCAGUGGAUCUCCCAGUCCGUCGACAACUCCAAGAGCUUGGACUCGUUGCGGAACCUGAUGUCUUCGGUCAUGUCCUUGCUGAAGCUUCCGGACUCUGACUUCCGUGACGAGAUCCCGCUGGAGGUGAAACUGGCCCGGACACCACUCCCGCCUGAGGAGACGGCGAGGCAAUAUGUCCAAGUGUAUUUCGAUCAAAAUCAAUGGCCCCGGUUCUUGACGGUCUAUGAGGCCCUAUGGCACCGAGCUCUGACCUUCGUCUCCAGCAUCUGGCCAAUCCUGGACAGGAACGUGUUUUUGAAAGACUGUGAAAGGUUCUGGAGAGAUCCUUCCCGAGCGGGUCCACAAUGGUACGCCGUCUACAACAUGGUGCUGGCGACCGGAGUACGAUCGCAGCUCCGCACGGGCUCCCCGUUACUCUUCAAACAGGCGCAGGAGACAGCAACCAAGUAUAUGGAAAACGCGAUCUCGGUUCAGCAGGAUAUGCUGCAGCAGCGCACGACUCUGCACACUGUUCAGGCAUUUGCCCUUAUGGCGAUUUUCGCUCAAGGUAUUGCGGGACGGAGGACUGAGUAUAUCUAUUCCGCGAUUGCCAUCCGCCUAGCCCAAGGACUAGGGAUGCAUAGAACACCGCUCAAAGUCUGGAACCUGACGGCCGGCGAAGUCGAGGAGAGGAACCGAGUCUACUGGUCACUGUAUUCCUUCGAGCAGAUUUUCGCCUACCACUCUGGGCGUCCUUCGGUGAUUGAUGACGACGAUGUCACCUGCCCUUUCCCCCGGAACGUGUUUGAGAAGUCUAGCAUCGGCCCCAACGUGGUGGAGGAGAAGGGUGACCUAUUCCUCAGCAUUGCCAGAUAUUCCCGACACUGCGCCAGCCUAACCAAACAGCUCUUUUCCGCGACCUCUCUGACGCGCGAUCCCAAGGAGAUCGUGGGCAAGAUCGCCACCCUGUACGACGACCUCAACAAGUGGUGGGCCGCGGCCGGCGUGUGCGCGGAUCCUCUCGACAUCGACCAACUCGCCAAUGUGUCCGGCACGCUGACGGGGCUGGAGUGGACGCGGCACGUCAUAUUGCGCAGCUGGUACUACACCUCGCUUUUCUCCCUGCACCGGGCGUGUCGUGUGUCGGGAUUCGUCAUCCUGGAGAAGAUGGUGGCCGACAUUAGCCCCGAACACGACGUGAAAUUGAAACAAAUCGCAGAAGACGGAGUUGCCGCCGCGCGAUCGCUGUGCCUCCUGAUCCAACAGCUCAAGAUCGAGCCUCAGACACCAACUUGGUUGAUCUUGUACUUUCCCAUCAUGGGCGUCUUGACGCUUUUCAUCAACGUCGUCUCCAAUCCCGCGGCUCCGACCGCCGCCAGCGACAUCGCCAUCAUGGAGAUCGUGACGGGGACCUUCGGCCGGCUCGAGUUCAUAACUCAAGGCCGCCUCGCAUUGACCAGGAUUGGAGAGUUCGCCAGCAUUGCUCGCGCCGUCGUAGAGCAGGACAUUGCGUCCCAGCAGGGCGCGGAUUUCGGUUCUCUGGGCGACGACUUUCUGUCCGGCGAGAUGCCGACUUUCGACUUACCCAUCCUGGAGGACGGGCUGACUUCGGAGAGGAUGGAGUUUUGA